AUGAGCUACAGUGGCACUCGGGUAGCAAACUUCUUCCAGCUGAUAGAGAGUUGCAGCCAACUCCUGUACACCCCAACCAUGGAGCCCCAGGUAGUCCAGUUCCCACUCGAGAAAGAAGAAACCCAGCAGGAUCCCGACACCCCCCAGCCUCCAGAAGACCUGCUGGAGUGUGUAGACGAGCCGACUAGCGGGCUGCUGUGGACCCCGGAGGCGGACGACCUGCCACUGGGCUGGGACUGCAAGCCUGAGUUUUGGGAAGAUGUUCUUACCCAUCAUCUGUGGCAGACUUUUACCGGGGUUCAUGAUCAGGAAGAGAAGCAGGAAAUGACAGAGCCUGUGUUGGGCCUGGAAAGCUUGGACCUAGAGCUGGGCGACUCAGAACCGGAGCUGUGCGCAGAAGAUGACAACUGUGAACCCAUGACCGCCAUCCUGGAUGAGCCCACCCAGCUUGAGGCUUCCCAAGAAAAAGAUGAUGCUCAGCCCUGUGAGGACCAGGAGCCCGCCCGAGGUGCCUUUUCAUUCCUGACUCUCCUAUCCUGGGACCCUGAGGAAUUUGAAGAGUUAGACGCAUCAAAUAGGCUGGACACCGCACCCUGGGAGGCCAAAAGGUUUGCCGUCCCACGCAAGCUGCAAAAGAUGCGUGUGCUGAUACACGGAGAGACGGUGCUGGCCACCGCGGUGAGCAGCUUCACGCGUCACGCGUUCACCUGCGGCAAGGUGGGCAUCAAGGUGUGGAGCCUGGUUAGCCAGGUGGCUGAGGACAGGCUCCCCGACAGCCACCUGCUGCCACGCAUACAGACCUGCGGGGCCUACCUGCGCUCCUGCUUGCUGACCUCCGACGACAGGACCCUGCUGGCAGGUGGCCAUAACAUGGCCAGCGUGAGCGUGUGGGACCUGUCUGCGCCCUCCCUGUACGUGAAGGACGAGCUGCCCUGCGAGGGUCUCUCCUGCCAGGCGCUGGCCGCCAAAGUGGACGAGAACUUGGCCUUGGGUGGCUUUACCGACGGGACCGUCAGGAUCUGGGACCUACGGGAUUGCAGCGUGGUCAGGGACAUCUCUGGACACCUGGAUGGUGCCAAGAGCAUCAUGAUCAAAGACCAAACCAUCUGGACUGGGGGUCUGGACGCCUGUCUGCGGGGCUGGGACCUGCGGACAGCCCGGGAGCCCCUGGAGUACACAUUUGAGUCUCAGAUCAUGAGCCUGUCCCAUAGUCCCCAGGAAGACUGGAUGUUGCUGGGCCUGGCCAACGGCCAGCACUGGCUGCAGCCCACCACGGGGGGCCAGGCACGCAUGGUGGGGAGUAAAGAUCACACCGUCCUCGGACUCAAGUUCUCCCCAUACGGCCAGUGGUGGGUGAGCGUCGGGAUGGACAGCCUGGUCACCGUCCACAGUACGCCCACAGGAGUAAGGGUCCUCGAGGUCCCUGAGAGCUCCUCCAUCCUGUGCUGUGAUGUGUCUUCUAACAACCGGCUGAUUGUCACGGGCUCCCAGGACCACGCCUCGGUCUACCAGAUCACCUAUUGA